UUUGGGCUUACAGUGUGUAAAGCAUGUGAAUCAAAACAAACCAACUUUUGAUACGCAUUUGGUGGAUCCGCGAAAAUUUAGACAGUUUUUACGGAUGUAAAAUCCGUUUCUAGCUCUGUGAAAAUGCCCAAAAUUUUCACCCCUACGAACCAGAUCCGGCUUACGAAUGUGGCCGUAGUGCGGAUAAAAAAGGGUGGCAAACGGUUCGAAAUCGCUUGCUAUAAGAACAAGGUUGUAUCCUGGCGAACGGGAGCAGAAAAGGAUCUAGAUGAGGUGCUCCAAACAGUGGCCGUCUUCAUGAACGUGUCCAAGGGUGAGGUGGCGAAGAAGGAAGAUCUUAUGAAAGCGUUCGGCAAGGAUGAUGUUACCGAAAUCUGCAAAGAAAUUUUGGCCAAAGGUGAGCUUCAGAUAUCCGAAAAGGAAAGACAAGAUCAGCUGGAAUCGAUGUUCAGAGAAAUCGCAACCAACGUAGCCGAUCGGUGCGUGAAUCCAGAAACGAAGCGACCAUAUCCGGUGUCUAUCAUUGAGAAGUCGAUGAAAGAUAUUCACUACUCAAUCAAACCGCACAGAAAUGCCAAACAACAGGCACUGGAGGUGAUCAAACUGCUGCAGGAAAGCAUUCCACUGGAGCGGGCCAAAAUGCGCCUCAAGGUGACGCUGGCGGGUAAGGAAGCCAAACGUUUGAAGGAAAAAGUGACUAAGCUAUGCUCCCCAGUCGAAUCGGAGGAAUGGGAGGGUGACAAGCUGGUGCUGACAUGUUUGAUCAACCCUGGGCACUACCGGGAAAUGGACGAAAUCGUUCGCACCGAAACAAAGGGAAACGGAAAUCUGGAAGUGCUAAAUCUGAAAGAAGUAAAGGAAGGUGAGGAAGUACUGGAAUAGAGCGUAGUUUUGUUGGCUUUGAACGCUAUUUGUGUUAUUGUAAAUUAUCGAAAAUACAUGGAUCUUAAAUCAUCAAUGAA